AUGCGCUCGUCCUCCCCAAAACCUCUCGUUGGCGUCGCCCGUCGCACAGAGUCCAGCUGCGGUCAGGACUCUCCCCAACUCCGGCGAAGGGAGCAGGAGUGUUGGCGUCAGUUGGGCGUCGUCGCCAUGGACGAGGCAACCAAGAACAAGGUGGAGGCUGCGGUGCUGGAGAUCCUCCGGGGCUCCGAUAUGGAGUCCGUAACGGAGUAUAAGGUCCGCAAAGCCGCCGCCGACCGGCUCGGCAUCGACCUCUCCAUCCCCGACCGCAAGCUCUUCGUCCGCGGCGUCGUUGAGGAAUAUCUACGCUCACUCUCCUCCCAGGAGGAGGCGGAGGCGGAGGCGGAGGAGGGCGGCGCUGGCAGGGAGAGCAAGGACAAGGAACAGGAGGAGGAGGAAGAGGAGGAAGAUGAGGAGGAGGGUAAGGGCGGCGGGAAGAGAGAGUACGACGACCAAGGAGACCUUAUCCUGUGCCGCCUGUCGAGCAAGAGGAGGGUGACUCUGUCGGAGUUCAAGGGCAGGUCGCUGGUGUCCAUCCGCGAGUUCUACGUGAAGGACGGCAAGGAGAUGCCCUCCGCCAAAGGUAUUAGUAUGACGAUGGAGCAGUGGGAAGCAUUUUGCAAUGCUGUACCUGCAAUAGAGGAUGCCAUCAAAAAGCUUGAAGAUUCAGACUGA